UAACAAAGUAUACGAAUAAAGUGAUUGACGUUUUUAGCGCCAAAAAAGUUUUUGUCACAAAAGGCAUUCAAUUCAACGAUAAAACAGUUUUUUAUUAUUAUUUGUUAAGACUUUUAAAUAACUAUCGGCUCUUGUAUUGUCUCAUCACUUAACUGAUCCAAAACACAAACUAACAACAAGAUGUCUGUUAGAGAUUACGACAAUGACAUGACUUUGAUCCGUCAGAUUGUGAGCAGUGGUCGAUACGCCAAGAAGUUGGUGGCCGUCGCUCAUCGUGAAGAAGUCGAGUUUGUUGUCGACUUGGAUGACGUCCACAAACACGACCCGUCACUGUGUUUGGCUAUCAAAGACAAUACCCGCCGAUAUGUUCAGCUGUUUUCUCGAGCCAUUGACCAACUUUUACCCGAUUAUAAACUACAGGAUGUGCCUCAUAAGGACUCACUUGAUGUCUUCAUUGAUCACCGACUUCUAGUUGAACAACGAAAGCGCACAGAAGAAGGACUCAAUGCCGAUGAGUUUGUGUCCAGAUAUCCACCGGAACUUAUGAGAAGAUAUGAGUUAUAUUUCAAACCACAAUCUCAUCAAAAAGCUGUUGCCGUACGUGAAGUUAAAGCCAAAGAAAUCGGCAAAUUAGUGACCAUAUCGGGUGUUGUUACCCGAACUAGUGAAGUAAAGCCGAUGCUUAUGGUGGCCACUUAUACAUGUGAUACGUGCGCCGCCGAGACUUAUCAACCAAUUGGUUCACAAUCUUUUAUGCCAUUAGAGCGCUGUCAGAGCGAUGAUUGCAAAGCCAAUCGGGCCAACGGUAGACUUCAUUUGCAAACACGCGGAUCAAAGUUUGUCAAGUUUGAGGAAAUGCGUAUUCAGGAGCAUAGCCAGCACGUACCGAUCGGAAACUUGCCGCGCAGUAUAACAAUUAUUGCUAGAGGUCAACAGACCCGAUUGGCCCUUCCCGGAGAUCACGUAACAGUGACCGGUGUUUUUCUACCGAUUGCUAGAACUGGUUUUCGACAGCUGGUGGCCGGUCUCUUGUCCGACACGUUUAUUGAAGCACAUAGAGUUGUUGUGACAAAUAAAGCUCAAGAAACAGAUGAAGAAAUGGCUGAUGAAGAGUUUGAUCGAUUGAUUGAAAGAGAAGACAUAAAUAUUGAACGCUUGGCUUCGAGUAUUGCGCCCGAAAUUUACGGUCAUUUGGAUCUAAAGAAAGCUCUACUUUUACUAUUGGUUGGAGGCGUCGAUCAAAACACAUUUGGAAUGAAAAUUAGGGGCUCUAUUAACAUCUGUCUUAUGGGUGAUCCCGGAGUUGCUAAAAGUCAACUCUUGGGUUUUAUUGAUAGAAUCUCCACAAGAAGUCAAUACACUACAGGUCGCGGAUCAUCAGGCGUUGGACUAACAGCAGCCGUCAUGAAAGACACGAUUACUGGCGAAAUGGUGUUAGAAGGCGGAGCUCUUGUAUUGGCAGAUCAAGGAAUCUGUUGUAUCGAUGAGUUCGAUAAAAUGCUUGAAAGCGAUCGAACGGCUAUCCAUGAAGUGAUGGAACAGCAGACCAUUUCCAUUGCAAAGGCAGGUAUACUGACCACACUUAACGCACGCGUCUCGAUAUUAGCCGCCGCUAACCCUGUUUAUGGCCGAUAUAACCCUAAGAAGUCAAUUGAGCACAACAUUCAAUUACCAGCCGCUCUAUUGUCUCGGUUUGAUCUUCUUUGGCUUAUUCAAGACAAAGCAGAUCACGACAAUGACUUGAAACUGGCGCAACACAUCGCUUACGUCCAUAAGAACAGUCAUGAACCACCUCUCGAAGUACAACCACUUGACAUCCAAAUUAUGCAGAAAUAUAUUGCUAGAGCUAAGAGAAUUAAUCCAAUUGUACCCGAAUUCUUGACCGAUGAUAUAGUAGCCGCUUAUAUCGAUAUGCGUAAUGACGCCCGAAAUAACAAAGAUAUGACUUACACGAGUGCCCGUACAUUGUUGGCUAUAUUGCGUUUGUCAACUGCUUUGGCUCGCCUACGACUGUCAGAAGUGGUCGAAAAAGGAGAUAUCACUGAAGCUAUGCGUUUAAUUGAAUCCUCAAAGUCCAGUAUUGUCAAUGACUCGGACCCCAGUCAACGGGCACAGACACGAGCGGACAAAGUGUUCCAAUUGAUUCAUAACAUUAGUAUUGAGACCAAAUCGCGUGAAGUUUCAAUGGCCGACGCCAUCGAACGGUGCAAAAUACUUGGCUAUACUAAUGAUGAACUCGAAGAAGCCAUUGAACAGUACGAGAGUAACAAUAUGUGGCAAAUAAACCAAAACCGCACUAAAAUUAUAUUUGUCUAAUGAUAUCAUCUUACCGUAAUUGUCGCACUCUUUUUGUUUACUAAUUACAGUAUAUAUAAUGUGGAUAUCUUUGACCUCUCUUUGAUUAAUUGAAUCCUAUUU